UACCUUCACAGUUCACAGGUAGCUUUCAGUCUGUCCCUUGUUCUCGUGCUCCUACUGUUCUUCUUCUCUUCUUCUUCUUCUUCCAUCUCCACUCUCACCCUGCAACUAAAAACCACUGUGCCAUCUUCAACACUUCAAAAAAACUCUCAUAUUCUCUCAAAACCUUCAACAUUUCCCAUUUUCAGGUGGUCUUUCAUUCCCUUUUUCCUCAGAUCAUUUUAUUUUCUUCUCUUUACCCAUCCUUUUUUCAAUCCUCAAAGAAAAAGAAAAAGAUUCCUUUUUCUUUCGUCUUUGCUUGCAGAUGGCAUUGGAAACAGCCACUCCCCCAGCUACUCCAAGUGCCCAAGUCGUUGGACAUGCUUUUGUCGAGCAGUAUUACCACAUUCUUUGCAACUCACCAGAAUUGGCUCAUAGAUUCUAUCAUGAUUCAAGUGUGCUUAGCCGGCCAGAUUCCAAUGGUGUGAUGGCAUCAGUGACAACCAUGCAAGGUAUUAAUGAGAAGAUUCUUUCCUUGGAUUACCCAAGCCACAAGACUGAGAUUAAUACUGCUGAUGCCCAGAAGUCUUAUAAGGAAGGUGUAACUGUGCUAGUAACUGGAUGUCAAACGGGCAAGGAUAACUUGAAGAGAAAAUUUGCACAGUCUUUUUUCCUUGCUCCACAAGACAAUGGGUAUUUUGUGUUAAAUGAUGUAUUUAGGUAUGUAGAAGAUGGCGAACCCUUGGAGAAUCAUAAAGUUAAUGGUGUUCAUGAUGCUCCUAGAGUGCCUUCAACACCAGAAUCUGAGCCUACUCAAGUUCUGGAUCCUUCUGCACCGGAUCCAGCAACUGCUCUUGUGGAAGAGAAUAAAAAUGUUGCUGAGCAAGUUGAUGAGCCAUCAGACCAGGAGAGACAGUUGGUCAAUGAAAAAGAGGCUGUUUCAGAAUCCCAGUCUCAUUCAAAUGGUAAUGAUAUUUCCAUUGUUGUUGAAUCAGCUUCUUCUUCAGCCCAAGAGGAUACUCCAAAGAAAUCUUAUGCGUCAAUUGUGAAAGUACCAAAAGGGGGUUCUGGGCCAACUAGAGUCUAUGUGCCAACUAAUUCCCCAAGAGUGACAGCCAAGAAAACUGAGAACCAGUCUCCUGUGUCUGCAGCAACUGCUCCACCUGAAGCAUCUUUACCUACCAGCAUUGAUGCCCCUGAGAGUAACAAUAUUCCUGAGGAAGUCACAGUUGAGGGCCAUUCCAUAUAUAUUCGAAACUUGCCCUUCAAUGUGACGCCUAUACAGCUUGAGCAGGAGUUUAACAAGUUUGGACCAAUCAAGCAAGGGGGUGUCCAAGUUAGAAACAAUAAGCAACAGGGAUACUGUUUUGGUUUUGUUGAAUUUUUGUCUUUGGGCUCCAUGAAUGAUGCAAUUCAGGUAUGGCCCUUGUUAGAUGUACAUUGAUAGAAUGUUUCAAGUUUCACAAUUUCUUUUAGUCUAUACUUUUUAAUUCCCUUAAUAUCAAGCAAGUUUUUGAGAAUUAUGUGAUGAGUUACAUAUUCUUGACCCUCGCCCCUGACUGACCAACAUGACUCUUUCAACCAAUGACGGGCCACAGAUUUUGUUAAGAGUAAAAUUAAAUCUUUAAUUUUUUAUUACUGCAUCUUUUGUACAAGUUCCAAAGUAGGACAGUGCAAGUUUGUCUGCCUUGGGGUACUAAGUUGAUCACCUACAGAUUCAAAUUCUGUAUUGGAACCUUGAAGGUAGCUUGAAAUAGCAUGACUUGAGAGCAAAUCAACCUUUUUAAGUAGUCUUUGUUUUUUUUUUGCAAACUUCCUUGCUUUGGCAAAACAUACAAGGAAUCAAUACUGAAAAUUUGUUCAACAUCAGUUGCAUGGUAAAUAUCUGUUAAAAAGAUCAAUGCCUGGUGAGAAUAUAGAUUAGGCUAACUUUGUCUUGGAAGAUGAAGUAUCUUUGGUAUUAUAUAGUUUUCAUUCUCUUUCGUCGCGUUGCAGUUGUAUGUUAAACAAUUAGGUCAGCCUUUUUUGAUCUUACGGUCUCUUCACUAUUGUGCCAGGAUAAUUUAGGCUUCUUUUUUGAUUUGCAAAUAGAUCAGGGGUGCUCCUAACUGGCUUCUUCCCUAUUUUUCUUUGGUUGAAUCCUAAUCAUUUGUGCAUUAAUAUGCAAAUACUUUCAUGUUGUCUAAGUGUCCGAAUCUUCAUUUAGAUUUUUGUUCUCUGCUUCUCCCCCCUUUGUCUCCUCAUUUGCAUGCAGGUGCAGUGUCAAGCUAGAGAUGACAUUACCAAAACCUUUUCAUCAGUUAUCUGUUUAACUAGUGAUCACUUCAUCUCCUAGAGCUUGUUGGGAUUGUCUCUUUUCUUGAGAUGGGUUAUAAUGAUUGAAGAAAAAAUUACAUCAUUUGCAUCAAAUUGAUGCAUGAACUAGGAAAAAUGAGUUCAGCAUGGCCAAGGCUCUUGUCUGGAAAUGUACUAGUCAGAUUUUUGGAUUUUGGAAGAUAUACAGAAAUUUAUUUUUUAAUUAAAAGAAAAGGAAAGGAAAUCCAUCUGGGAAUGAGAGGGAAACUACCCCUCUGAUUAGUGAUCUUUAUAGA